AUGAAGUGCUUUUUCUGGACUGAUUCCACGAUUGUGCUCCACUGGAUAUCGGCAGCUCCGUCCCGAUGGAAAACUUUUGUUGCCAACCGGGUUUCGGAAAUCCAACAUCUGACUGCUGAUGGAUUGUGGGCUCACGUUCCAGGAAGCGAGAACCCGGCGGAUAUAAUCUCCCGAGGAAUGCUACCAGCGGAACUCAAAUGCUGCACCGUAUGGUGGAAUGGGCCACCUUGGCUCAGUCAACCGAACCGAUUUUGGCCGCCUCUGGUUCGCCUUACAUCUGGAGACUUUCCUACUGACGAACUCGAAGAGCGUUCGAUAACACUUGUCAUUCAGACUAGGGAACCAAAUCCUAUCUUUGAUUUACGAUCCUCUUACGUCAAACUGGUAUCUCUAGUGGCACAUCUUUUGAGAUUUGUCCACAAUUGCAAGCAACGGAUGCAGCAGGAACGAAAAACUGGUUUUCUCCGUAUCAUUGAAUUUAACGAAGCACGGAACGUGCUCGUUCGUAUCGCCCAACAGGAAACUUUAGCCGACGAUAUCCACGCCAUAGCAACUAACGGGGAGGUUAACCGCAACUCAAAAUUGAAGACUCUGACACCCAUUUUGGAAAAUGGAACACUCAAAGUGGGUGGCCGCCUUCAUAACGCCCCGAUUUCAGAAAACCGGAAACAUCCCAUGAUUCUUCCCGCAAAUCAUCGAUUCACGGAAAUGGUAGUCACACACUAUCACCUGAAGCUCCUGCACGCUGGGCCACAGCUUAUGAUCGCAAGCCUUCGCGAACAGUUUUGGCCACUGAGAGUACGCAACCUGGCGCGGAAAGUGGUGCAAGGCUGCAUGAAGUGUUAUCGUUGCAAACCUACUAUCCAAGAGCAGCUAAUGGGAGAUCUUCCCAGCGAACGCGUCACACCAACUUACCCCUUUUUGAAAACUGGUGUGGACCUCUGUGGACCUCUUUUUUAUCGCCACGUUGGCCGCAAAACUCCACCAGUCAAAUGUUUUGUCGCCAUUUUCGUGUGCCUGACUACAAAGGCUGUCCACCUCGAAUUGGUGGCCAAUUUAACCACCGAUGCAUUUAUUUCGGCCCUGAAGCGGUUCAUCGCACGACGUUCGAAGCCGACGAUUAUCGAAUGCGACAAUGCGACAAUGCGACAAAUUUUUGAGGAGCCUCCCGAGCGAUAG